CGGGGCUGAGGCACAUUCCUGCACUGCAAGGCUUUCUGUUAAGGAUGUGUUGUGGCUUUUGUUCGGAUUGCAGCAUGCAGAAUUACAGCUGUUCAGAGGAGACUCAUUACAACUCCUGCUGAAGCUCCUAAUCUUCCUCCCUUCUCUUCUGCCCUUACCCCUACCCUCAUUGGCCUGAAGACACUGUACCAGAGUUUGGCUUACUCCCCUGGUGCUAUGUGUAUGGUAAACCUGGUACUAUGGCCACAUCUGGGACUGGCCAGACAACUGCUGCUGGUUCUCCCUAUUCCAAGAAGGAUUUAAAAGGGAAUUGUACUGCAGGCAAUGCACCAGAGCAGCAUCAGGAGCUUGGGGACUAAGACUCCUCUGGCAUUAUUACAGACACACAGAGCUGACCGCAAUGACAGCAGCUGCUCCUUUGAACUGUUGGCAGCAGCCAAGCGGCAGCAUGAAGUGAGAGAUCACUCCCAAGCUCAAGAUGAACUCUACCUUGGAUGGUAAUCAGAGCAGCCACCCUUUUUGCCUCUUGACGUUUGGCAAUUUGGAAACUGUCGAUUUUUGCCUUUUGGAAGUGUUGAUUAUUGUCUUUCUCACUGUAUUGAUUAUUUCUGGCAACAUCAUUGUGAUUUUUGUAUUUCACUGCGCACCUUUGUUGAACCAUCAUACUACGAGUUAUUUUAUUCAGACUAUGGCAUAUGCUGACCUCUUGGUUGGGGUCAGCUGCCUGGUCCCUUCUUUAUCACUCCUCCACUACCCACUUCCAGUCGAGGAGUCUUUGACUUGCCAAGUAUUCGGUUUUAUAGUGUCCGUUCUGAAGAGUGUCUCCAUGGCCUCUCUGGCCUGUAUCAGCAUCGAUAGAUAUAUUGCUAUCACUAAACCUUUAACCUAUAAUACCCUGGUCACGCCUUGGAGACUACGUCUGUGUAUUUUCCUGAUUUGGCUGUAUUCCACCCUGGUCUUCCUGCCUUCCUUUUUCCACUGGGGCAAACCUGGAUAUCAUGGAGAUGUGUUUCAGUGGUGUGCAGAGUCCUGGCAUACCGACCCCUACUUCACCCUCUUCAUCGUGGUGAUGUUGUAUGCCCCGGCAGCCCUCAUUGUGUGUUUCACCUAUUUCAACAUCUUCCGCAUCUGCCAACAGCACACAAAGGAGAUCAGCGAAAGGCAAGCCCGCUUCAGCAGCCAGAGUGGGGAGACUGGGGAGGUGCAGACCUGUCCCGAUAAGCGCUAUGCCAUGGUCCUGUUCCGAAUUACUAGUGUAUUUUACAUCCUCUGGUUGCCAUACAUCAUCUACUUCUUGUUGGAGAGCUCCACAGGCCACAGCAACCGCUUCGCCUCCUUCUUGACCACCUGGCUUGCUAUUAGUAACAGUUUCUGCAACUGUGUCAUUUAUAGUCUCUCCAACAGUGUCUUCCAAAGGGGACUAAAACGCCUCUCAGGGGCCAUGUGUACUUCUUGCGCAAAUCAGACCAUAGCUAAGGACCCUUACACAGUUAGGAGCAAAGACCCCCUUAAUGGAUGCCAUAUCUGAAGUGGUUCAGACGCUCUGGGUCACUGUGGUGUGUAUGUGUGUUUGUGUGUUUCCUUUUUCUCUCUGUAUUCCUUUGCAAUAGGAAAUCUGGGACAAAAUAAUUAGACUCUAAGCAAUAGCAAACAAAUGAUCAUUCAAAAAUACCCUCUAAGUUUGCAGAAAUUAUUUUCUAAAAAGUGUUUUUGCAUCAGAAGAAUCAGGACGGUGAAGAUAAAUUGCUCUUGGUUCCAGGUUUUGUAAUGUCACAAAAAUGACUACAUUUUUAAGAUUUAAAAUAAAGCCAUAUCUA